AUGUUUGCAAAGCUACUCUCUCUUAAUCCUAGUACAUCGCCUUCGAUUGAAAUAUCGAAACCGAUAUUUACAAUAGGAAGGGAUUAGAAGAAUGACAAAGUGUUUUCAGAUAUCAAGGUAAGUUCUAGCCAUUUGACUAUCGAAUACAAGGAUUCUCAAUUUACGGUGACGGAUUACUCUAGCAAUGGAACAUACAUCAAUGAAAAAAAGAUUGGUAAAGGAAACACAGUAUCUAUUUUAAAUGGAGAUAAGAUUCAUUUGUUACCAAUUUAAAAGGUUAAGGAGUAUGAAGUGAUUGGUUUUGAAUUUGUUGUGUGCUAAAACAAUGAGUAAUAGGCUUCCAAAAUAUCAAUCGAAUCAAUAGACCGAUAAAUUUCUGAUGGAAAAAGAGAAGUAUAAAAUGAGAAAUUAUUGGACACAAAAUUAGUUGAAAAUAUAGUUGAAUAAGAAAUUAAUAAUGAACCACCCAAGAAGAAAGAACAAUCACCCAUUCCUGUUCCAAAAAUUGAUGGAUUAGAGGAUGAAUUACAAUGCACAAUAUGCAAUGAUUACUUGUUUGAAGCUGUUGCUGCAAACCCUUGUAAUCACCAUUUCUGUGGUUCUUGCUUAUCCAAUUGGUUCAAAAAGUUAACUUACGAAUGUCCGAAUUGCAGAACAAAACUAACUGGAGUCAUGUAGGCAAGAACCAUUAACAAUCUUGUCGAGAAGUGGUUAAAGAUUAAUCCCCAUGAGAAAAGGACUGAACAACUAUUGAAUAAGAUGAAAGAGGAAAACCUCAUUUAUAAAAAUCCCUAAGAAUAUAUCAAUUUAAAUGCCAAAUUAAAUUAGGAUAAAUAGGAGAAUAAAGUCUAAAUGCCCUAAAAUUACUGGGAUGAAUAGGAUGAAUUGGAAUUGCAUAGUGAUGAGGAUGAGGAAGGAGAAAACUAUUCUCAUGAUGAAGAGGACGAUGAGUAUUUAAGUAACGAUGAAAAGUUUGAUGAUAAUAGACAGAACCAAUAAUUAUAACAAUAAUAGCUUUUUCCUAUUUAAUUCAAUCAAUUUAAUCCUAAUUUCCAACCUUUACCACCCUAUUUUUAUAAAAAUAAUUACCAAAUAGGUGUUGGAUAAAAUUUGUUGUAACAAUAAUUCAUUCAACCAAACAAAGAAUGCAAAAGUUGUAAUGGAAAAAUGUGGAAGAACUUUUAAUGUCCUCCCCUCUAAUAACAUGUAGGUUGUGCUUCAUGUGCCAGGUUAAUGCCAAAAUUAGACCCUAGUAAUUUAUAUUAUUAAUGCAUUUAGGUGAGGCAGACAAUGAAGUGUUGUAGAUGUAAUGUUGUAUAUGUAAAGCAUAUCAUUGUACAUUUUAUUAUGGUGACUGCAAUAACGCUGCACUUUAAAAAUUUAUGUUAGUCAAAAAUAUUUAGCAUCAAAUGGUGAUUCCGUUUCAUUAUGUAAACUCCGCUGAAUAUAACAGAUUAAUCUAACAUCUUGGAGGAAGACCUUAGACUACAAUAUUUAACUUUAUGAUGGAAAAUUACAUAAGCAAAGGUUAUUUCUUUUUUGAAUAAAAUAAAUCUACUUUUAAUAAUCCAAUAUAAGAAAUUAGAGUGAAAAUAUCUCCAAAUUCAGUAAUUAUAUAUGUGUAUCUAUUUAGCCUGUAUGCUGGUUAUGUCAUAGGAAGUUAAUCAAUUUCAUUAUAUUGAAAUAUGUUUAAUGCAUGAAGUAUGAUGAACCCAUCUUCAUGAGAGAGGAUUGUUACUAUGGCAUCAAUUGCAGAUUUCAGUAGUAGAGACAACAUCAUGCUUAGAAAUAUAAUCAUUUUUGUGAAUAAACGAAAUUUGAUUGA